AUGCCGGAAAAAUGUGUUAUUAUCGGGGAUUAUGCUUUUCCACUAAGAACAAACUUAUUGAAGCCAUAUCGCAAAACUGGACUUAAUAAUUCUGAAAUUAUAUUUAACUAUCGUCUUUCACGUGCCAGAAGGGUAGUGGAAAAUUUGUUUGGCAUAUUAGUGUGGUGGUUCAGAAUAUUUUCAAAACCAAUUGAUCUAAAAUCAAAAACAAUAGACAAAGCAGUUGAUCGAGAGGAUCUGAACAAUGGCAAUAUUAUUUCUGGGGAAUGGAGAGAACAUGUUAAUAGUCUAGAUUCCGUUAGUCAAAUUGGCAGUAAUAAUUAUAAACGAGCUGCUGAAGAAGUUAGAAAUUUAUUAGCAAAAUAUUUUAUGGAGGUAAAUCCUUUACCUUGGCAGUGGGAAAAAGUUGGUAUAACUAUAUAA